AUGCUGUCCUCAUUUUAUAACGAAAAUAUACAUGCGAUAUUAGUUUCUGAAUCUGGGCUAAAACCAUGUUUGCCUUCAACAUCUUACUAUUUUCCCGGAUUCCACUUGAUUCGCAACGAUCGCCUUGGGCGCGCUGGCGGUGGCGUUGCGAUUUAUUUAAGAUCACACAUCCCUUACACAGUUUUAAAUACUUCGCAGCCAUUGUCUAGUGCCGGCCCUGAACACCUAUUCAUCGAAGUAUUGUUUGGACAUUUAAAGCUUCUUCUCGGUGUCUAUUAUAGUCCAAAUGUUACAAUUGAUUAUUUUUCAGCAUUUGAAAUUGUUUUAGAACAAUACUCCUCGCUUUAUAAUCACACUAUUGUCAUGGGAGAUUUCAACACUUGUCUUCUCAAAAAUGAUGCUAGAGCAUCCCGUCUGAAAUCUCUCGUUAAUGGCAUUAACUUACAUAUUCUCCCACUUUCUGCGACUCAUGCUUUUCCGAAUUGUGUGCCUUCUCUUCUUGAUUUAAUACUUGUUUCUUCCAUUGACCACGUUGCAAAGCAUGGCCAAUGCAAUGCCUCCGCUUUUUCUUACCAUGACCUACUUUACCUGUGCUAUAAAUUAAAACCUCCUAAAGCUAAGCGAAGGAUCCUUCUCCGGCGCAAUUUUAGUAGAAUGGACCUGGAUAAGUUACGAGAAGAUACUGCUAAGGUUGACUGGUCAGUGGUUGCGAAUGCUGGUUCGGUUGAUGAGCAGAUAUCUAUUUUUAACAGCAUACUUACACAACUGUAUGAAAUUCACGCUCCAAUUCGUCCAGUCCGAAUGAAGCAUCUUCCUGCCCCCUGGCUCACUGCCGACAUAAAAAAACUUCAAGAAAAAAAGAAUACAGCAAAAACGAAAUAUCGUAUGAAUCCUAAUGAUUCCAACCGAGACAAAUAUAACAGUGCACGAAAUCGCUGCAAUAUGGUGUGUAGAGAUAGUCAACGACGCCAUAUCUAUAAAUCUGUUGUUGAGGAAGAUAACUCAACUAAAGUUUGGAACUUUCUCAAAUCUUUAGGGGUUGGAAAAGCAAAGCGUAAUGUAGAAUCUCUUAAUUUGAAUUUAAAUAAGCUUAAUGCUCAUUUCCUCUCUAGCGCCACUAUAGAGAGUGCUACGAAGAAAAAUACACUUGUUCAACUUUCUGCUAUAUCAACUCCCAAUUUUUCCUCUUUUGUCUUUAGCCAAGUUACUGUCAAUGAUGUUAAGAAGAAUAUAUUAGCCAUUACUUCCGACGCAGUUGGUUCUGACAGCAUUAGUCGUAAGAUGAUUAUCCCAUUACUCGAUCUUUUAGCUCCUAUCCUUACACUUAUUUUAAAUCGUUCCUUUGACACCAGUGUUUUUCCCUCAUCCUGGAAAGAUGGCCAGUAA